GGCACGGAGCCCGGCCCGCCGCCCGCGCCCCGCCGAGCCCGGCCCGCCCGCCGCCGCCUUCGCCCCCAUGAUGGGCUCGGUGCUGCCGGCCGAAGCCCUGGUGCUCAAGCCCGGGCUGAAGCCUCAGGGGCUCUCGCUGGCCGAGGUGAUCACCUCCGACAUCCUGCACAGCUUCCUCUACGGCCGCUGGAGAAACGUCCUGGGCGAGCAGCUCUUCGAGGAGAAGAGCAGCCCCAAGACCGCCUUCACGGCCGAGGUCCUGGCUCAGUCCUUCUCCGGAGAGGUGCAGAAGCUGUCCAGCCUGGUGCUGCCGUCGGAAGUGAUCAUCGCCCAGAGUUCCAUCCCCGGGGAAGGGCUCGGCAUCUUCUCCAAGACCUGGAUCAAGGCCGGCACCGAGAUGGGACCGUUCACGGGCAGGGUCAUCUCGCCGGAGCAUGUGGACCUGUGCAAGAACAACAACCUCAUGUGGGAGGUCUUUAACGAAGAUGGCACGGUGCGGUACUUCAUCGAUGCCAGCCAGGAGGACCACCGCAGCUGGAUGACCUACAUCAAAUGUGCACGGAAUGAGCAGGAGCAGAACCUGGAGGUGGUCCAGAUCGGGAACAGCAUCUUCUACAAGGCAAUCGAGAUGAUUCCUCCGGACCAAGAGCUGCUGGUCUGGUAUGGGAACUCCCAUAACACCUUCCUGGGCAUCCCAGGUGUGCCGGGGCUGGAAGAGGAGCAGAAGAAGAACAAACACGAGGACUUCCACGCAGUGGAGACGGGGGCCAGCACGACGGGGCGCAUGCGCUGCGUCAUCUGCCACCGGGGCUUCAACUCCCGCAGCAACCUGCGCUCCCACAUGCGCAUCCACACCCUGGACAAGCCCUUCGUGUGCCGCUUCUGCAACCGCCGCUUCAGCCAGUCCUCCACCCUCCGCAACCACGUCCGCUUGCACACCGGCGAGCGUCCCUACAAGUGCCAGGUUUGCCAAAGUGCCUACUCCCAGCUCGCCGGGCUGCGGGCACACCAGAAAAGCGCCCGCCAUCGGCCCCCCAACGCCUCCCUGCAGGCUCACUCACCGGCCCUGCCCGUGCCCCAUCCCGCCUCCCUGGCCCAUCACAUCCCCACCAUGGUGCUGUGAAUCCCCGGCGCGGCAGCGGGUUUUUGGACAGCAAAGACUGGAGCUGAGACAUGCAAUGAACUGGGGGGUGUUGGCCCUUGGCAGAGCUGGGGGGCAGAGGCAGGGCUGCUUUGUGUUGAAGGGAGGAUGCUGGUGGUUUUGGUUUCUUUUUUUUUUUUUUUUUUGGAGCAUCACCAUUUGCAUGGGGUUUGGCAGGCUGUUCGGUGAGCGAGGGGACGCCCCCCCCCAGCUCUGCAAGCUGCUGGUGCAGCCACACCGUGCGGAAUCCUCCCCGGGGAGAUGUGGUGUGGGGUGGGCUGCUGGUCCCUGGGGUCGGCAGGGGGAGAAGGGCAAACGGACACAGUGGAACAUCCUGCAUGGAUUUGCAGGUGUACGGGAGGAGGGCUGGGGCAGCCUAAAAGCUGGGCCUGGAUGAGUGAUGCCAGGGUUUUACAGAUAAUUUGAUGGAAAGAAAAACUGUUCUUAUGCCUCCUCCUCUGCUCCAGCGAGUGUCCGGCGGAGACACGUGCCCCGUUGAAAGGCUGGCACAGCCCUGUUGUGGCCACCCCAUUCAUGCCUGUUUACUCCAGGGGCAGCUUUGGCCCUGGUGGCUCUUUCCAAAGGGACACAUUUCCCUCCUCCGGAGCCCUGAUUUAGCAACUGGUUGCGUGUAGUCGUCCCCCCUCCCUGACCCCCCCCCCAAAUCCCCUUGCCUGCCCUCCUCCAGCCCGAGCUGUGUGUUGGGGUUUGCCCAACACCUCCAAGCAAUGCCAUGGGCAGAGGGGACAGGCCACCUGCCACGGGGACACCCCCAGCACGACGUGCCAGCGGGAAAUGCCCAUCCAUGGGCAGGUUUUGCGGGGGACCCUGUGCUCUGCCGGGCUGCGCCUGCUCCAGCCCUUGGAGCAUCGCUCCCCAUCAUCGCUCCCCGCAGCCGUACGGGAACAUUUCGGCUGUUACUUCUGCUGCCCUCUGGGGACAGAGAAAACCGGUCCCUGGGCCAGCUCCGUCCCCAAGGACAAGUCUAAGCGCCCUCUGGAGUCCUGCCACACGGGAGAGGAGGGCUGUGUAUCAUAAAGCUUAAAAGAAGGUAUUCUAAUAUUAAUUAUAAGUCUAAGAUGUAUAAAGUUCUCACAAACUGUGUUUUACUUCCAGGAAAAAAAACCAAACAACUGUCACUUUAACUU